AUGUUUCGUUCUUCCUUUACGGUCUUCUUCCCUGGACUCGGACCUGCAGAGGUGUCCAAUUUGUCAGGAGCUCUGCGGCAGACCCUCCGCACCAGCAUCCUCCUGUUCAUCUCAGACCUCAAACUCAACAUCAGAGUUUCGGACGUUCCACGUCACGCGUUCUGCUGCCAGUGUUUGAGGGCCAGGCACAGCCCCGGGGAGCUGCUCGACCUCCGCUGUCCCACAUGCAAAAAAAACGUACUCAUGUCCGAGGCUGGGUUUGACUCCAUUUGCUCUAUGAAUCUGCUUCUCAGCAGACUCCUUGAUGCGGAGGAUAAUGGAGAUAACGACGGGCGAUGCGCUGGUUUCUCAAACUCGCAGUGCAGCUCCUGCGAUGAGGGGAACCUGGCGAGCUCCUACUGCCUGGACUGUCAGGAGUACCUGUGUGUUAACUGCGUGCGCGCUCACCAGCGGGUGCGCCUCACCAAAGAUCACCUCAUGGCGGAGAAGACACAAGCAAUGAACCGUGCAGGUGUGAAGCUCGAGCUCCCAAACGGCCCCAACUCAAACCCUACAUUAUUACCCUAUCUUCAGGACUGGGCUAAAUGCCAGCAACAUGUCAAUGAGUUGUACUGUUUUUUCUGUGAGACGUGCUCUAUGCCUGUGUGCCGUGAUUGUGCUGCUGGUCUUCAUAUCAGUCAUGGGUUGGUGUACCUGCAAGAUGCCGCACAAGAGUCUCGAUCACUUGCCUUCCAACUGCUCACUGUGGCACAGCAGGGACGACAAGCUUUACAGGUUAGUGUAGAGAGGGCACAGGUUACAGCUGAGCAAGUAGAGAUGAAGGCAAAGAUGAUUCAGACAGAGGUGAAAGCCAUUAUUCUCUGCCAUAAAAAAGCCAUUGAAGAACGGGAGUGUGAGCUACUCUGGAAGGUGGAGAAAAUCCGUCAGGUAAAAGCGAAGUCCCUCUACUUGCAGGUGGAGCAUUUGUGGCAACACCUGUGUAAGCUGGACUCUACUGUGAUUGCAGUUACACAACUCCUGGAAGACGUUAGUGGCACUACAGGCGUUCUGGUGGCACGGGAGCGAAUGCUGGCUCAGGCACAGGAAACUCAAGCACUACGUUCAUUACUACAUCCACAAGAGGAUGAGCACUUCCUCUUUACCCCACCAGAUUCAGCCCUGCUCCAGACCCUGCGCUCUCUCGGCCAGCUCAGUGCCAAUGCCUUUGCCCUGCUCAGCACAGCCCAGGGAGAGGGUCUCAGAUCUGCCUUGCGGGGAAAGCCUGCUACAUUUACCUUGACGGUGAAUGACCAUGAGGGCCAGCGGCGACAAAAAGGUGGGGACCCUGUGUCAGCUGUAGUUCUGGCUGCUGAUGGGAGUGUUUCUGAAGCAGAUGUGUUGGACCAUCAUGACGGUACAUACAGUCUGACCUAUGUGCUCCAGAGUGAAGGGGAAGGCUUGUUGUCGGUGCUUGUCUGCAACAAGCACAUAAAGGGCAGUCCGUUUUCUGUGCAAGUGACUGCCUUACGAACCUUCUGUUCGUUCAGUCUACCAGUGGCCACCUUUGGCAGUGAAGGAGAAGCAGAAGGGCAGUUGUGCAGGCCAUGGGGUGUUGCUGUGGAUGCGGAAGGGUUUGUCAUGGUGGCUGACCGCAGUAACAACCGCAUACAAGUGUUUGGGCCCAAUGGAGAGUUCCAGCAUGCUUUUGGCAGUCUCGGUUCACGGCCUGGCCAGUUCAACAGACCAGCUGGUGUGGCAUGCGAUUGUCAGCGGCGCAUCGUGGUAGCCGAUAAGGACAACCAUCGCCUUCAGAUCUUUACCUUCCAGGGUAAAUUCCUGCUCACCUUUGGAGAGAAGGGUGCCAAGAAUGGCCAGUUCAACUAUCCUUGGGACGUGGCUGUCAACUCAACUGGAAAGAUCCUUGUGUCAGAUACACGUAACCAUUGCAUUCAAUUAUUUGGCUCAGAUGGCUCUUUCAUUAACAAGUACGGUUUUGAAGGAGUCCACUGGAAACACUUUGACUCUCCUCGGGGUGUCGCCUUUACCUGCGAGGACCACUUAGUUGUCACUGACUUCAACAACCACCGUCUUCUGGUGAUCCAGCCAAACUGUCAGUCAGCACGCUUUUUGGGUGCAGAAGGCUCUGGAAACGGUCAAUUCUUGCGUCCACAAGGCGUUACAGUUGACCGUGAGAAUCGCAUCAUUGUUGCCGACUCAAGAAACCACCGUGUGCAAGUGUUCCAGGCAGACGGAACUUUCCUUUGCAAAUUUGGUAGACAAGGGGAAAGUCCAGGCCAGAUGGACCGACCCUCAGGUGUUGCAGUGACUCCAGAUGGGCUGAUUGUUGUGGUUGACUUUGGAAACAACCGCAUUCUUAAGUUCUGAUUGGCCAAUUCAUAUCUUACAUUCUUACACCUUGGAAACAGAACACUUUCAAAUUGUGUCAGGCUCUCUGUUAAUAUGAUGAGACCGUUUUAAAGGUGAAGUGUAUAAUUUCUGCACCACUAGUGGCACCAAACAGAAUUACAAAAACAAUGACUAUUUUCAAACAGGUUUGGUAGCACUGCAGCACCAUAUUUUUAGGGAAUCAAACUACAAAUGGCUUAACAAAUCUUAACAUGUAAAAAAAUUACACACAUCACCUUUAAGGUUAACAAAUGAGUCAAACUUGAGGGGCCAAAUUUUGGAAAUGUUCUCCAGAUGUGAUGUUUCAAAGUCUGUUAUAUAUAUUUAUUCCGUUUUAGAUUAAUCUUGUUAUUCUUUCUAUAAACUGGUGACCAUAACCCGUUAGAUAGUGAAGCCACUAUUCAUCAGCAGGAAAAUUUCUCUCCUGACUUGAUAAGCUUCCGACUUGAAAUCUUGAAUGAGAUGACUUAGAGCUAAUCAAUAAAUGCUAUCAAGUGUGGUUUGACUGCAGCUCUAAAAGGUCAGACUAGGGCAUACUUUCAUGUCUCACCAGUAAACUGUAACCUCUCUUGAUCUCAGGGAUUACUUGAGCUGUAUGACUUUGUCUACCUCAGCAUCUCACCAACCUCAGUAAGCACAGGUAUGAAUGUAUUCCUAGAGGAACUGUCCUUUUUCAAAGAAUAUUAAAGAGAAAAAUGCUUUACUUUUACCUACCUCAGUACCUUUAUAUCUAUUUAAUGAUGCAAAAAUAUAUAUAUAUUAUUCAUAAGUAGAUACAGUUGAAGUCAGAAGUUUACAUAUACCUUAGCCAAAUACUUUUUAAAGUCAGUUUUUCACAAUUCCUGACAUUUAAUAGUAGGAAACAUUCCCUGUCUUAGGUCAGUUAGGAUCACUUUUUUUUAAAUGUCAGAAUAAUAGUAGAGAUAAAUGAUUUAUUUCAGCUUUUAUUUCUUUCAUCACAUUCCCAGUGGGUCAGAAGUUUACAUACACUUUGUUAGUAUUUGGUAUCAUUGCCUUUAAAUUGUUUAAUUUGGGUCAAACUUUUUGGAUAGCCUUCCACAAGCUUCUCACAAUAAGUUGCUGGAAUUGCCUCACACACUUUUUCAGUUCUGCCCACAAAUUUUCUAUCAGACUGAGGUCAGGGCUUUGUGAUGGCCACUCCAAUACCUUGACUUUGUUGUCCUAAAGCCAUUUUGCCACAACUUUGGAGGCAUGCUUGGGGUCAUUGUCCAUUUGAAAGACCCAUUUGCGAUCAAGCUUUUUAACUUCCUGGCUGAUGUCUUGAGAUGUUGCUUCUAUAUACUCGCAUAAUUUUUCUUCCUCAUGA